AUGGUCUCCGGCAUGUAUUCACCGGAAGAUCGUGGAAGUGGCAAGACCACGCCUUUCCCAGGAGCAGAAUGGUUUAAAUCUUACCCCACCAGUCCGAUCAUUACAGCAAUGGGCAAGCGAUUAGUAGCUGAAGGAUGCAACAAGUACAGUAUAGGUCCUGGACCAAAAUGGACAGGCGCCGACCAGGCUUCAUACAAAUGCUGGCAGGAGAAGCUCGGAUAUACUGGUGUGGACGCUGAUGGUUGGCCAGGUGACAAAUCCUGGAACGAACUAAGGGUACCAUCGACUCGGGAUGAGGAUGCAAAUAAUGACGUCGCAGUUGUCUUUUGGAUCAAAGCCUUCAUUCCAUUGAACGUUGCAGGGGUCACCAGAGCCUACCCCAAAGAUAGCAGCAAGAUGAUGAUCAACGGAAUUCCUAUUAUCGGCGACUGUUUCCUGACUGAUCAACGUGGCUUUAGUAGCGCCAGUGACGCAAAAUCGAGAAUGCACUCUCAGGCCUGGGUGUGGGUUAACCCUAAUGGCUACCGGUGGUCACAGCGGCACUAUUGCGACGAAACCACGGAGGUUGAUUGUGAAGAUGGCGAUGUCGAGGGAAGAAAGACACAAAAUAAUGACAAUAUGGCUUUUAAGGUGUUGAAGGGUUCUUCCACCAGGGUUGUCCUCGAAUUUCAAGCUGCGCAGAACAAUCCCCUAGUCACUGGGUCACCAGAUAUCGAUCUGAUAGGGACAUUGACUGUUGACCGUGUGGAUCAGUUUGUCGAGUUUGUGGGCAAGGUCGAUGAAUUUCCAGCCUUUGAGGCAUAUGUCUCAAUCAACGGAGGUUCUCCACGUACGAUCGCUCGACUUGGACCAAAACCAGGUGCGGGGCCAGAGUCGUUGUUUGGGAGUGCAAAUAGAUCUUUACGAGGGAGUGUUAACUUCUGA